GUGGUUAUACGACUAUUUCUCAUUUUGUUUUUUCUAAACGUAAAAUGUGACGAGGUAAAUAAAUUAAUUGUGAACGGUAUAAAAAGCUCAACUAAUCAAUACAGUGGUGAUAAAUUUCCCAUCAAAUAUUUAACAACUGAAAGCAUCGUACCAAAUAUAGAUGAUUUUAAGUUGUACAUACAAAGUUUAAGACGCACAGUUUUCUAUUUUAAUAAAACUCCUAAUACAACUGAUGGGAAUGUGGCCUUAGGGGCAUUUUUCGUAAAGUCUAUUUUAAAACGAACGCUUCAAGAUUAUGGCGCCAAAAUAACAAAACUAGAAUCGGAUAAAAUAAGGAAUAUAAUAAGCAAAUGUGAAAAUCUCGUUUCACAUUACAUUUAUAUUAAUUAUAAAUACGGUUGGGACGAUUUAGAGUUCAGAGUAUCCCGAAUGUUCAAAGAUGAUGGUGCACAAAUAUACUCUAUCCGUGGUUUCAACAAGGGUCGUUUGAAGAGAUGGCUUCAUAGUAAUUUUGAGAUGCAUGAAUACGUUGAAGAUAUGGAUACUAUUACGAUGCCCAGGGAGAAAUAUGUACAGAUCACGGAAACGGGUAAAGGAUAUCAUAUUGUGAUGAAAUCUUCAGAUGUAUGUUUAGCUCGGGUUAUAUUCGAGCCGGAACCAAUAGACGUCUCCGAAGUGAAGUCGUGUCGUUCGGACAAUUAUUGUUACAGAGGCAUCCACUCUACACCUUCGAUAUCAUAUCAUCUUACUCAUAGGCUUCUGAAUAUAAUGCUACGAAACCAGGCGCGUCGUUGCUACAUGACUAGUGUCGCUGAGGAUGAUUCCCUCAUGGACCAGCUCUGCGCCUUCAUGUACAGAGAGGCGGUAUAUUUGGCACGAAGAGGAUUCUUCGCCAGGGAUUUAUUUUUAGAACACUUAACGCUUUGCGGGAUGUUAGGCUACGAAGAAUUCCAUCGUCGUAAUUGGUACAAGAAGGUAAUAAGCUGGAUGGAUCAGAAGGGCUGUAUUAAAGAAUCUCGUAACUUCAACUACAAUAGUACAGCUCUAUUUAUCAAACGUAUUGGUGAAGGCAACAAGUUAGUCAAACAUGUUAGAAAGAAGUUCUACAGAGACCUUCUGGAUGAUUGUGAUACUCAUCCUAUGGCCCUUCUUAUGGUCGUACUUGCCCAUGGGAUUAGAUAUGCGGCGCAUCAUUUAUAAUAAUAAUAAUUGAAGAUAUUGCUGAAUGGAUGGAGAAAAAUUCGUAAGUUUUGUACUACUAUUUAUAAUAUAACUUCUACAAAAGUAGAUAGUUUAUUUAUUCUUUUGUUUUAAAACCUCUAGACGUAGAUAACUCAUGUAUUGAU